CAGGAAGGAAGCUUGAACAUAAAGCUCACUCAUUUAAAAAAAAAAAAAAGCACACACAGAGAGUAAGAAACCACAGGGCCUAUCGGACUGUCGUCAUCAAGCAGGCUAGAAUACUGCAGAAAACUCUAGGCAGAGAGGAAAUGAACUAAAGAGAAGGAACACAGGCCAAGGAGGGAGGAGAGAGAAUGUGGGAGUAAUGGCAGGGGACAGCUGAAGCAGCGAUGGUCAGGAUGGAAGAAGUAGCCGUGAAGCAAGGCUUCCUGUACCUUCAGCAGCAGCAGACCUUCGGCAAGAAGUGGCGUCGGUUCAUUGCUGUGUUGUAUGGAGAGUCUGGCUGUGCCCUGGCCCGACUGGAGCUCCAGGAUAGCCCUGAGAAGACACGUCGUGGAGAGGGCACUCGGAAGGUUGUCUGCCUCAGUGACUGCUUACGGGUGGUUGAGGCAAGUGGAGAAGCCAGUAGUCCCCGGGACACCAGUGCCUUCAUCCUGGAGACCAAAGAACGUCUGUACCUGCUGGCAGCCCCCUCAGUGGAGCGUGAUGACUGGAUACAGGCCAUUUGCCUGUUGGCUUUCCCGGGACAGAGGAAGGAGCCCUCAGGUCUGGAGGGGAAGAAUGACAGGCCCUGCAUGGAGGAGAAUGAAUUGUACAGCAGCUCAACCACAGGGGUCCCCUGCAAGGAAUUUGCUGUGACCAUGAGACCCACAGAAGCCAGCGAGCGGUGCCGGCUCCGAGGGUCCUAUACUCUCCGGGCCGGGGUGAGUGCCCUGGAGCUGUGGGGUGGCUCUGAACCAGGCACCCAGCUGUAUGACUGGCCCUACAGGUUUCUUCGACGCUUUGGGCGGGACAAGGUAACCUUUUCUUUUGAGGCUGGCCGGCGCUGUGUCUCAGGAGAGGGCAACUUUGAGUUUGAAACCCGACAAGGCAAUGAGAUCUUCCAGGCUCUGGAAGAGGCCAUUGCUGCCCAGAAGAAUGCUGCCCCUUCCGUGCAGCCACCACCCCCACCAGCCACAGGGCCCAUGGUACCUACUGUGCUGCCCCGGCCUGAGAGCCCCUAUUCCCGGCCCCACGACUCUCUGCCCUCCCCUUCCCCUGGCACAUUUGUACCUGGCACAAGGCCAAGGGGCCCCGAGGGGGAGUAUGCUGUGCCUUUCGAUGCAGUCGCUCGUUCACUGGGGAAGAGCUUUGGGGGCAUUCUGGCAGGCCCUCCCUUGCUCCCCACUGACCCACUGUAUGACAGCAUCCAGGAGGAUCCUGUGGCCCCUCCACCUGAUCACAUUUAUGAUGAGCCCGAGGGUAUGGCUACCCUGUCCCUAUAUGACAGACCACGGGAGCCCCAGGGGGAGGCAUGGAGAAAGCAGGCCCCCGGUGAUGGGAGCCCCAGCCCCCUCCAGCAGGACUCCUCUGUGUCUGGCUGGCCACAGGUAACUGAGUAUGACAAUGUUGUACUUAAGAAAGGCACAAAGUGAUGGGGUGCUGAGGAGAUGUGACCCCCAGGGAGGGCUUUGGAGGUUGUGGACGAGGUAUAGGAGCCUCUGCUAGUGAAUUCUCUUGACCACUGUAUUGGAGUUCCUCCCUCUGUGCCUUCCUGAGUGGGCUUGGCCUGCCUUGUUUGCCUACUGUGUGAGUCACCAGCCCAGGGCAGGAAGAGACCUACCCUCCUACGACUUUUCUACUUCCUCCCCCUGCCCUGGGUCUAAAGGGAACUAGGGUUAUUUCUAGAUGUCCAUAGAUGCCCUCGUUCCUUAGCUUGUACAGGCCUCCUGCCUACAGAUAUCCCAUUCUUGGGACAUCUCUGGCCCCAGAUACCCAGGAGGAUGUCUGUAGUUCCUGCAGGUUUCAGAUUUCUCCAAAUCAUUAAACCAUUUCUGAACCAUUU